UAUUUCCUUCCUUUAUUUAUUUAUUUCAGAGGAAUUUGCUCCGCCCCAACCAGCCCGGGACACGGACCGUUACUUUCACUUCCCCUACUUCGGUACUUUCAGUUUUGAAGCGCGUGUCAGGCCCAGGCGGGGGGCUCGGCCCCGUCACUUCAGCUACAAAAGUCACAACAAUAAUGAUGGCGGGUCGGGUCUCAGCCCCUCCGGCGGCAUGACCCCGUGUGCGGCACUGGGGCUGCAGCCUCGACCAAGCUACGAUGAUGGGGAAGGUUCCCUCGUUCUCCCCCGGCUCCACAGUGAGCUCCGCUCUGCCCGGCUACGUCGCUCUCUGCCUCACUCUACAGGUUCACAGGCUGGCGUCAGAACAGUUCACAGUGAGGGGACCAGGCCAUCCAAUCACUGCCUCCCUAGGUGGGGAGGCCGUCCUGCCCUGCCACCUCUCCCCCAGGAUGAGCGCUGAGAACAUGGAGCUGAGGUGGUUUCGAUUCAAGUUCUCUGCAGUUGUGCACCGGUAUAAGGAUGGGCAGGAUCAGUAUGGACAGCAGAUGCCAGGAUAUCAGGGAAGGACAGAGCUGCUGAAAGACAAUAUCACCAGUGGGAGUGUUUCCCUGAGAAUACGCGAUGUCCAGCUUUCUGACCAUGGACAGUACACGUGUUUCUUUCAGUCCAGUGACUCGUAUGAAGAAGCCUUAAUGGAACUGCAGGUGGCAGUUUCAGGCUCUGACCCCCACAUCUCUGUUGAUGGUUACCAUGAUGGAACAAUCUGGGUUGUGUGUCGAUCAGCAGUCUGGCACCCAGAACCCAAGGCUCAGUGGAGAGAUCACCUUGGGCAGCUGCUACCAUCUGCCUCUGAAAAAAUAUCCAAGGAGGCCAAUGGCCUAUUUCACAGCCAGAUUUCUAUUGUUAUAACAGAACAUUCCAACCAGAACUUGUCCUGUUCUGUCAAGAACCUGCCUCUUAACCAAGAGAAAUUAUCAACAGUUUCCAUAGCAGAGCUGUUUUUCCCAAGGGUCAAUCCCUGGAUGGUGGCUCUGGGUGUGAUCCUGGCUCUCCUGGCUGUUCUCAUUGCCCUGGCCAGUUACUGUGUCUGGAGGCAACACAGAGCGAAAGAGAAACUGCAGGGUGAACUCAAGUGGAGAAGAGCCCUACUAAAUGCAGGUUGGGAGAAAGCCCGACAAUAUGCAGUGGACGUGACUCUGGAUCCAGACACGGCUCAUCCCAAACUCGUCCUGUCUGAGGAUCAGAAACGUGUGAGACACGGAGACAAACGCCAGGAUCUGCCCAACAACCCUGAGAGAUUUGAUCGUUGUUACCGUGUCCUGGGCGCUGAGGGGUUCGCGGGCGGGAGGCGUUACUGGGAGGUGGAGGUGGGAGACAAGACAGGCUGGGCUCUGGGGGUUUGUAGGGAAUCUGUGAGCAGGAAGGGGAAGGUCAUACCCACACCUGAGGAUGGAUACUGGGUCGUGCAACUGUGGGAUGGGGGAUACAAGGCCCUCACCUCCCCCCCGACCCCCCUCCCUGUGAGCGUCAGGCCCAGCCGGGUGGGGAUUUUCCUGGACUAUGAGGCGGGCGAGGUCUCGUUUUACAAUGUGACUGACAGGUCCCAUCUCUUCAUUUUCACUGGCACCUUCUCCGGGACGCUCCGCCCUUAUUUCAAUCCCUCUCACAACGCUGGGGGUGCAAACGCGGCUCCCCUGAUAAUCUGCCCGGUCCCAGCUCAGGCCGGAGGGAAUCUCUGUCCCUGACAGUGACCCCGCGGCACAGACUGUCCCCUCCCAGCCCUGCUGCUCUUCCCGCCCCAGUGGUGGGCGCCAGUUACUGCAGCAACUGGACUUUCUGUGCUGACUGGACGCUGCCAGUUUCCCUUUUCAACUGGCAACCCCUAGCCCUCACCUUUCCCAGGGUGGAUGGGGGUCAUUCACUCCUGUCAGAAUUUUCUACCCUGGAGAAAUCUCAAUGUAAAAUAUGAAAGAAAAAAGAUUAUUCUAAUUCAGAAAAUAUUAUUAUAACAAAGUGUAAAUACAAAAAUAUUUUAAUUUACAUUUCCACAGUAUUUCAAAAACAAGCAUCUAAACAUAAUUUUAGAAAUGGAAUUAUUUACAUUUAUUUUUUGAUUCUUCCCCCUUCUCCAAAUAACAUCAUUUGUAUUUCAACUGUGGAAUUUCAAGAAAUCCAAAAUAUUUAUAUUAACAAAAUAAACUAUUAAAUUGUCAGACUGGGUUGUUCAGUUACAAUGUACAUGUGUCAUAAACAUCACAACUACACACAUGUGCAUCUUCUCUCUCUCUUCCCCCCACCCCUUUAUUGCCUCUGGCAGGCAGGGCACAUACACCCACCUCCUGCUCUACAUCUUUGACAAUUAAUAGGUUAAAAAUGAUAUAAUUAAUCAAGCAAUAUAUUUAAGUGAACUCCCACAAGACUACAUAAAAAUCUUUGAACUUCUGUCAGCAUUAGUUCAAGGGAUUUUUAACUUUCUAACUACAUAUAAUCGGUAAUCAAGAUAUGACCUUUCCUUUCUUUCUCUUACAUCAAUUAAAAAAACACCCUCCCCGACCUCACAUGCUAUCUUCCUAUUGAUAGAAAUCUCUUCUACAAUCUCCAUUUUUUGGUUUAUUUUUCUUUAGAAAUAUUAUUUGGAUGCAAUGGACUGUCAGUGUCAACUGUUGAUUUCAAUGUACUGCCGGGCUCUUCAUGUUCUUGGUUAUAAGGACACAACAAAUGUAGUUUGAUAAAGAAAUAGAGAAGGGGUUGUAUUCCUUUACUGAAUCAUCACAAAUUAACUUAAUUGUAUUAAAGACACUGGCACUUAAUGACACAUAACAUGGAAUUUGGUAAAGCUUUAUUGGGAAACCUUUCUUCUCGGCCAUAAGUCAGUCAAAAGGGUGAUAUUUUUGUUGUCAUGUGAGGUUUACAGUACAAAGAAAAGAAAGUUGCUCCAGGAAAUUCAUCACAAUUCCUCUGGGUUCUGUCCACCACCUUCUGGAAUUCUCUGUAAAAUAGUGACCGAUUGGUCUAAUUCCUUGAAGUUAGAAACUGAACCUAAUGUCUUGAAGAGCGAGCUGAGCAGAGUCUGAGGGAGGCACAUCACAUGGCAUUGCUAGAUCUACUUUUUGUUUUAAACGUGAUGUGUUAUGAACAUUUUCAAUGUAAUAAUUCAGUUUUGAAGAUUUAUUCACAAUAUGCCGUUCAUGGCACUGUGCCCUAAACUUACCUUGAUUAUUUGAAAAUAAA